UAUACUAUAAAAUUAACGCUAAAGGUUACAUCUAAGGUUACAUUUUUAAACAUUUCGUGUCAGGAAAGACUCAUCUGGUCGCGAGAGGCUUGUGUUUAUAUAGUUUAAGCGGAGGGAUAUUUCGAAACGCACUGCGGUCCACACUCUCACCCACUCCUCCCGUGUACUCCUCCGCUGUCUGCUGUCUCUGAGUGGCUGUGCUUUUAGUUAGUUUCACUCAGGUAACAGAGCACCGAGUACCUUCACGUCACCCUGAAUUUUGAAUUAACUUUCGCUAAAAUAGUAACAUGAUAAAAGCCAUACUGAUAUUCAACAACCAUGGAAAACCCAGGCUUUCGAAAUUUUACGAGCAUUACACUGAAGACACUGAACAGCAGAUCAUCAGAGAAACGUUUCAUCUGGUAUCUAAGCGGGACGAGAACAUCUGCAAUUUCCUUGAGGGUGGAAUGUUGAUUGGUGGUUCAGACAACAAGCUGAUCUACAGACACUAUGCCACACUGUACUUCGUGUUCUGCGUAGACUCUUCAGAGAGUGAACUUGGCAUUCUAGAUUUAAUUCAGGUGUUGGUGGAAACACUGGACAAAUGUUUUGAGAAUGUCUGUGAGCUUGACCUCAUUUUCCAUGUUGACAAGGUCCACCAUAUCCUGUCUGAAAUGGUGAUGGGUGGCAUGGUCCUAGAGACCAACAUGAAUGAGAUCAUUACACAAGUAGACGCCCAAAACAAAAUAGAGAAGUCUGAGGCUGGCAUCGCAGGGGCUCCUGCACGUGCUGUAUCAGCUGUAAAGAACAUGAACCUGCCUGAAAUGCCCAAGAACAUCAACAUCGGAGACAUCAGCAUAAAAGUGCCAAACUUGCCAUCUUUUAAAUAGCAGAAAUCGAUAGGAUGGACAGAUGUAUAGAAGUAUGAAAUACGUUUACCAAUCACAAAGUGAAUAUUUUGUUUCAGAGGCUAUGAAGGUACUGUGUGAUUUGCUGUCGUGUUGUUCCUGGUGUUUGAAUGCAACGUGUGUCUUUUUUAUUCUAUGGACAUGAAGUAUUUAUUUAUUACAUUCCAUUGGCCUCUCUAAAGGUGUACCCCUACUGUCUGGGUACUACAGUAUUUGAGGAUCCUAUCUUUAUAAUGCUUUGUAAAUCAGAUGGAAAAUAUACUGUUAUGGGAUUAUCCAAAUAAUGCUGUAUUAUGCUUAAAUUAUAUUCCUGGUAUUAUUCUCUAUGUAAUCAGAGUAUUUUGUAUAUAAUUUAUCUUUUCUUACUCAAGCAGUUUUAUUUUAAUCAGUGCAUGUGAGUGUCUUUUCAAAAAAUAAAUAUAUUGCACCAGUUUU